AUGUUCGAGGUCAAGCCACAGAUAGAUUUGUCGGGACCAUGUAGAAAAGAACAAGGGAAAAAAAAGAAGAAAAAAGAAACCCUGACGUACAACUCUGGUGAGAUCCCGUCCUUAGGCUUGGGACGGCGAGACACUUGA